GAUAAAUAUUUGAAAAUCCUCUUAUUGUUCUACAUAUAUCUAUCUAUAUUUAUAAAGUAACAAGAAGUGACAAUGCCUGUAGGACCGAUCAAGAAUCCUUUGAUAACAAUCAAACCUGGAGCAGCUUUGAUAGAGUUUGUAGUAAAAAAAGUAACUGAUGUAGAAAAAGCUCCGGAUGGUAUAACUACGCUAAAAAAUUCAACUAAAAAACAGCGGUCAAAUGUUGUGCUGAAACUAGACGAUGUAAGAUGGCUGAACAAUUAUUUGAUAGAGUGGAGAAAAACAUCAGACGAAAAAUUCUACAUCCAUGAAUUUUUGGAGACAUCUGAAAUCAUUCUCCCAACGCCAGAAGUGACCCCGAGAAAUCCCGAGCUCGAGGCCAGAAUUCAGAAGUUGAUACUUCAACAAAAUAGUCGGGAUUAUCGAGCCAUGACUAAAAACAUUGACUCAGUGCGGAAAAAGUUUCCUGAAGAUACAAUCGCCUACCAAAUGAAAGAAAUGAAUAGGCAUCUCAUCGCUGUUGCCCAGUUCAUCUUCUCCGUACUUGCUGGAUUUAUGUUUGGCUUUAUUGGCAUAGAAUUAAUUAUUGGUAAUUUGGACUUUGGAUUUAGAUUGUUACUAGGUAUAAUUUUUGCUCUGAUCAUAGCACUAGCUGAGAUAUACUUUUUGGCUAAAAAACUUAACGAAGAAGACUACAUCAUCACAAUGGAUGCUCUACCAACAAAAAAAUUUCAUCAAGAAUAAUAUUAGAGAUUGUAGAAAUUUUGUUUCUUUCGUCAAUUUACAGUGUUGACCAUCUGGUAUAUACACCUUAAUUCUUUUAUUUUUUUACCGUUCAC